AUGAAAGGUAUUGUCACAUUCUUCAAACAAUGGACUACUGCCUCUGAUAAUUUACAUGCUGAACAAUUCGAGGAAGACUUCGAGUACCGUUUGAUUCAGGAAACUCGGAAUGCUCCAGUAAUGUUGACACAGGAAGAAGUGGUACAAGUGGAAGAUGUUGCUAAAUUAUUAAGACCUGUAGCUGAGCUCACUGCAGAGUUCAGUGGUACAAUAUAUGUCACGAACAGCAAGGUUAUACCUGCUGUCUGCCUUCUUCGUGAAAAUAUUGCUGGAAAGGAACUGGACAAACAGUUCAACAAAUGGGACGAGAACCCUCUCCUGACAAUUGCCACUUUAUUGGACACCAGAUUUAAACGGAUGUACUUCCCAGCUGCUCUCACAUGUUCAAAAGUACUGAAAUUAGUUGAAAACCAGAUUUCCAUCAGUCUAGAUUCUGGUGCUGGAGUCACUGAAGAGCCAAUAGUAGAUAAUUUCUGGAGAAGUCACUGUGAGCGACUAAAACGACAAAAGAAAUACGAAUCUGAGGCAUCCUUUGGAAAAUUACAUCUUGAUUUGCAGCAGUACAUUCAUAAGGAAAAUUCACAGCUCCAUGAAGACCCUAUGAAAUACUGGUGUGAUCAGAGGUUCAAUUAUCCAAGGCUUGCGGAAGUUGCUAUCAAGUAUUUGUCGACGGUGGCUACUUCAGUUCCAUGUGAAAGACUUUUCUCAAGAGCUUCCAGUGUUGCUACAGUUCUGCGUAAUCGUCUUAGCACAGAACACAUUACAAUGCAGGUUUUACUGAAAUCUCUUGAUUAUCAUGACUGGUACGGGUAG